AUGAGUAGAAGUUAUGAAAGUGUGUCUGGCAAAGGUGCAGUGCAGGAAGGAAGAAGAGUAUAUUAUAUGAUGAGCGAAGAGGGUUCGAGGGGAAAGGCGAAGGAAGAAGAAGAGAAUGUGAAGUACAGAGGAGUGCGUAGAAGGCCAUGGGGAAAAUAUGCAGCAGAGAUUCGUGACUCAAUGAGACAAGGUCAAAGGUUGUGGCUGGGAACGUUCACCACAGCAGAGGAAGCUGCUAGAGCCUAUGACAGAGCUGCAUAUGCCAUGAGGGGUCCCUUUGCAGUCCUCAACUUCCCUCAUGAAUACCCUCCUUUACCACAUGCUUCUUCUUCUUCUUCUUCUUCUGUCGAUGUUUCUUCUUCAGCUUCAUCUGUAGCCUCUUCAGGAAGAGGAAGAGAGAGGAGUGAGGAAGCACCUCAAGUUUUUGAGUUUGAGUGCUUUGAUGACAAAUUGUUGGAGGACCUUCUUGCUAUUGAAGACAAAAAUAAACAUGGCAAAGAUUGCACACAUGAGUAG